CAAGGAAAUCACUUUCCUCGCUAAAGGAAGGGUAUUGGCGAGGAAAUUACGGUUUCCUUGCUAAUGGAACGAAAGUGGUGUUUUAUUGCGUGGAAGACAUAUUUUCCUCGCUAUUUCCUUGUCGCUAAAGAGUAUUUGUGACAAAUUUUCAAAAUUCCUUGCUAAUUCUUGCCGCCAAAAAUGUGGCGGGAAUUUUUUAUGUAGGCGGGAAAAAUGAAUUUGCGAGGAAAUACAAAAUUUUCUCGCCAAAAGGUUGUAGUGUUUUUUUGCGUCAAACUUAUUUGGACACUAAAGUUAACAUUUUGCGAGGAAUUAUGUUUAUCGCAAAAACAUUGGUUAUUUGUGAGGAAAUAAAGAAUUGGUCGCUAAAAGCCUAUACUUACUUUUUGAGGGGAAUUGUGUUCCUCGCAAAAAACAGUGGUUCUUUGCGAGAAAAUAGUAAAUUUGUCGCUAUAAGCCUAUACUUCCUUUUUUUGGCAAAUUUUACCCACACAACAGUUAAAAGCAUUUUGCGACAAAUUGUCAUUGCGGCAAAAAGAAAUUAACGCGUACAAAGAAAUUAAAGUCUUAUAAUGCACCACAUGAGACUUUUUUUGCAAUCAGAAUUGUCUAUGUUUUACGUAAUAUGGACUAAAUCACUUUGUACUAAGAAUGAAGUUGGUCGCGUAUCAUUAAACACUUGAUCGAACAUAAAAAUUUCAUUUUAUCAACGAAUUUGCAUACUGAUGAAGGGGUUUUCUAAACCCGAUGGAGCCAAAAAUUCACGUGAAUGAUUUAGUCGACAAGCUCAAGAAAUGUAACGGUAUCGAUCGUCAUGUUUGUAUUGUAGUUGCAUGGCUACUGUACAUUCACCUACAACAGACGACUUAGUUUACUAAAAUGUAAGUUGAACGUAUAGAUUCUAAAGAUUAUUGUUGAGUCUAUUCUUAUAAUGGGCGAUCUAAACCGUUAGGAUUUCAUAUUUUACCAAUUCAAAUCGUGUCACCAAAAUUGGAGAUCAUCGGAUAUCAACAACUACUCGAUCGGAAGACAUUUAAAUCAUCCGAAGGUAUUAAAGUCUCUUAAUGCACCACCUGAACACCACUUGAGGUAUUUAUUUGCGAUCAAAACCGUUCAUCUUUUGUACCUUGUAGAGUAGAUCAUUCCUACCAAAAAUGAAGUUUAACGGAUACCUGUAACCACCUCAUUAGAAUAGGUUAGUAAUGCCAACAAAUGAUUAGACUCAUCUAAUUUUUUUAUAUUAUAUAAAAGUAUUUCGAUGAGGUAGUUGCAGAUGUCCGAUCAAUUUGAACUUUUGUGUGGGAAUUCAAUUUGACGAGUCCUACAAGAUGAACGGUUCGGAUAAUUAAGUAGUGAUCCGGACGUGAAGAACUAAUUGCACCGUUCAUUGAACCGGCACCGUUUCAUGUGUAACGCCCAAUAUUCCACUGGUCCGCUACAGUGAAUUACAAUUAGAAUACUUAAAAUGACACCGUUUAAUAAAGAUCCACUAUUUACCCUUUUCCCUUCCAAAACACACUUCAAUCUCCCGCUACCUAGGGCUCGAAAAUUUUCAAGUCUCGCGCUAGAAAAUUUUCCCAUCACUUCCAAUCUCCUGCUACCUCAUCUUCUCCCCCAUUUCAUCUCUUCCCUGAGCCAAACCCCUCAAAACCCUCGGGCUUCUCCAAUAGUCUCACCCCGACGCCCCGUCUCUUUCUUUCUCUCUCUGGUCGUGUUGUGUUUGUUGUUGAAGGCAAAUCCAGAAACGGGCAAAGAAGUCGACGACGUUGAGGGCGGCGACGGCGCAGGUCUUGCAUCGGAGGCUAUUAGAGAUACAUCAACUGACCAAGGUAGUGGAUUUCCUAUAUUUUCCCAAAAUGCUCGUGGCUUGGGAGCAGGGAAAUAUGAUGAGCUUAAUCAUGAAGAACUAGUAGUGGCCCAACCAUAUGCGUUGAACAAUUGUGAAGAAGUAUAUAUACCCCUAUAUAGAGCAACACAAGGAAGAGCUCAAGUGACAAAGCAACCGAAACAUUAGAAAAGAGGCAUCGAUCUGAAUUUCGAAAGUGGUUUUUAGAACUUGUUCGCGGUGUCUUCAACAUAUUUAGCAGUUCAUAACUUGUAGGGUAAAGAGUGAUUGUGUCGGUUAUAGCAACUCUUUUCACAUUUAAAAGAUGAACUGAAAUAGAGUAUUUCACCAAGUUUUUCCCUUGCCAAAUGUGGAGGAUAAUGAGGUUAUGAGAAUUUUCAGACUGAGAAUUUGGAAAUUUUCAGCACUAGAGUAAUGGUGUUCUGUGGUCCGGUAGGGAUUGAAGAAUAACACAGAAGUUUUAGGGAAGAAUUCUGGAUGAUGAGAGGGGUUGAGAGUUGAGGAAUUUAGGAUGUGUAGCAGUCUCAUAUUUAUGUAAAACAUUGGUGUAUCGUUUGCUUUUUAAUCAAGGUCGUUUUGGAUAGUCUGGAAAUCGGUGAAAGAAACGGGAAUGGUUGGGAAAAUGUUUGUUUGACAUAUAUAUCAAUUUAAUUUACUGGAAUUCUGGGGAAACAUCGCUUUGAAAGUAAGUUCCAAUGUUUUUCUGUAUGUUGGAAUGUGAUGAUGCAAAACUAUAAAAGGGAUUUGAGUCUCUAUCAACUCAACUUUGAAGUAAUGUGCUAUCUGGUUUUCAGGAAAUUAGUCAUUGAGCCACCAAUGUUUUUAUGGUGUUGUUAAAG